AUGGCGACACGCAACCACGACCACAUCACGGGUGCCGAGCAAGGCGGCGCAGGGCAUCUUGUUGCCCAUCACAAACUACAGCUGUGGCUGCGCGUGCCCGCGUCGUCCCAGUUGCUGAUCCACGGCACCAGCGAUGGACGCGGCCUGUGGCCUGUGUCGGGGCUGUCUUUGUUCUGUGCGUCUUUGGCCAUGACCCUCGGCAGCCAUCCGCGCAUCAUCCGACUGCUGUUCUUCUGCGGACUGCAUGCAGACGACCGACACAACCGCGGCUCUACUUUUCAGUCUGACGACGAGGCGCUGCAUGUCGGAGGCCGUGCCAUCAUCUCCAGUUUCAUAUGCCAGCUGCUGUGCGCAUACGACUUUGGCCCAGAGCUGCUCAUCGACGCGACGCGUGAAGGCGCCGUCGUCGAUGGCGACCUGGACGAGCUCUGCCGCAUUUUCGGCGCGCUCGUGUCUGGCCUUCCGCCGGACCUUGUGCUUGUCUGCGUCGUGGACGGCGCUGCGUACUACGAACGGCCCGAGUUUCUGGCGGAUGCGUCGGUGGUUUUGGCAUGCAUCCUGCGUUUGUCCAUGGACGAUUCGGUGCCGGCGGUGGUCAAGAUUCUCGUUGCCAGCCCCGUGCCGACAACGCACAUCCGCCGACCGUUUUCCGACGACACCAUUUUAUCCAUGGCUGCACUUUACCACACACAGUGGGACCACAGUCCUGCAAGAAUCGAGCGCAUGCUAUUGGAUGACGAGCAAGUUAUGGGACUUGAUGAAUACGACAUGGGCCAUUCGUAG